AUGGCGCAAAGCGAGCUGCCUGCUGUCGGCGAUCAGCACGAGGCCGAGCAGUUUUCCUCAAACCUGCAGACUGCUCCUGUGAUGAUGGACAAAGAGCCCGCCAGUACCGAAGUCGGUAAUCAAUCAUCCGACGCCGUCCACGCCCCAUUCCGCCUUCUCGACCUCAAAGACGAGUUGUGGGCAGAGAUUGGCAGGCUUGUCAUCGAGGAUCUCCCGACGAUCGAGUUGGACUCAUGGGAUUUCACUGAUCCCGAAUCUACCUCUAUGGCAUUAGCAGUGCCUGGCAUUCUCCAGACCUGUUCUGCGCUCAGGAACGAGUUGCGCUCGGACUACUACAGAAGCAACAAGAUCGAAGUACGGCUGUACAACAGUCCAGAAAUUUAUUGUCCAGAAGCACUCGACGACACAGCAUACUUUCUCGGAGACGAGCAGGAGGCGUCGGAGUUUGCGUAUAACCUCUCUUCCGAACAAAUACAGAAUGCAGACCUUCCGAUUCUCAUCGUGCCACAUCGCCACGUCUAUGCGCCCCUCCCAAAGCUGCUGCUUCCAUCCCCAUCCUUAUACUGCUCGCUCAAGCCCAUUGAGGCGCAAGUCAUGCUGAGGCACGUCACCGUGCAGCGCGUGGUCGCUUUGUUGACAAACGAAAUCCUUCACCUGGCUGCGCCUGUUCCUGCUCGUGAACGUCAACAACAACAUUUUCGUUACUUCCACACCACGCUCGACUUCGCCAUCUUCGCCAUCUUCGCAGCAUCGAGUCCACACUCGGAGUCUCUCAAAUCCAGCUCCGCAAGGAUGGCAGGACUGCACAGCAAUAAAGAGUCUGCGCCUGUCUCGAAGCCCUCCUCUACUGCACCGCACGCUGCGCCCAUCGACGAUGAAGAUCGAGAGCAGCCGUUCCGCCUCCUCGACCUCCCAGACGAGCUUUGGGUCAAGAUUGGCAAGAUGGUCAUCGACGACUGGCGGCCCAUUAAGCUUACGACCGCCGCGGAUUUCGACCUUCUCAAACGCGUACCCGCCGCCAAAAUGGAUCCACCGCCAAUUCUUCACACCUGCUCCGCUUUGAGGAACGAGCUCCGCCUGUACUACUAUAGUAGUGACAAGACCGAGGUGAUUGUCCGUCGUAGCUACAUGGGUACAAGCGAUGAGGAUCUUUUCGGCCGCUACUUGGUGGCUAUUGGACCAGAAGCGCGGCGUCAGCUUCGGUAUCACUACAUUCGAGGUCCGUCCAUCCGUCGUUCGAGUCCGAUAACGCAAGAGCCAUCCGAGAUGUGGAAGAGCUUGGGCAUUGAGCACAACGAACACGGCCCGAUCAUGCCAAACCAGUCCGAAGUCAACAGAACGACAACUUCACCUUUGCUUCCGCUGUCUGCGCAUGCUAACGACCUGCAGCUCGCACCUGGCGAUGGAACUCCAUCAAGAUCAGACCUCACGCUGCAUGCCACGGACACGCAGCCAUUCCGCCUCUUCGACUUGCCCGACGAGCUGUGGGUCAGGAUUGGGAAAAUGGUCGUGCAAGACACCAAAGCAAUCAAGGUCGGCAGGAUUACCCUCUGCAGCGGCAAGAAAGGUUGCGAUGCCGGCCACGAGACCGGAGAGUGGCUCAUUCCUAGCUGCGAGCUCACCCCUCCCGCGAUACUUCAGACAUGCAGUUGGCUCCGCAACGAGUUCCGCGGUGACUAUUACCGGGACAAAGUUGCCGUGAGGGUGAUAUGGGACUUCGGCUGGGACUCCGGCAGGUCUGUGGACCUCUACUCCCUCCUCGGUCGCUACUUGCGCAUGAUCGGACCAGAGGCUCGCAGGCAGAUCCAGGGAACGAUGUCUGAUGAUGUGUGGCUCACGCCCAAGGCAUCGACGCCGGAGCCGCAGUGGUGUCGAUACGCUGACUGGGAAAUCGAGAUAAUGCUAGAAGGACAGCGUACGGCUCAGCCAAGCGACCUGCGCGUCAACCCGGCUGACGAAAUGUGGUACAAGAUCAAGUUCAUCUAG